CACUCACUCAGCCUGUCAUUGUGUGCCAGAGGCAGCCUAUUAACACAGCUGGGGCACUGAUUCAGGCUUUAGGACCCCGUGACUGGAACUUGAUCAUGUGAUUUUCUGUGGGGCUGGACUGAGUUUAUAGUUUAUAGUACAGGGGACAGAAAGCUUGUGAUACAAUUACUUUACUUGGAUACAUGGUCCAUCCAAAGAUUCCAAUAAAGACUCAGUGAAUCCUCUCUCAUUGCCAUACAUGGGGGCCAGGCUCCUGUACCUCCUGCUGUUGGGCUUACUGUAUGAGCAGGUAAGUGGCCACAGGCUAAUUCCCGGAAUGUACAGUGUAAUAUAUGGGCUGCCUGGGUCCUUGGGGCUUUAAUAUAGGAGUAACACUCACUGACACUAAGCAUCUCUGUUAUGGUCUAUAAUUAGACAGUAGACAUUUUUAAUGUAAUUUAUCCUGCCCAAGCAUCCUGUUGCAUUUAAAGCCCUUCUGUAUUGAAUAAUUAACCCUUUCAUCCCCCAAAGGUGGCUGUGGCAGUGAAAGGGUUCAGCGCUAUUAGCAUGGGCUAUUCAAUAUGACCAUGUCCAGUACUGUAAAUUAAUAGCUAGCUUGUACAAGGUGUUACAAGAUAUUUUGCAUCCAGUUCCAGUUGCACUACAGGAUUGAUGGGUGUUGUAAUCCACAGCAGGCUUGUUUUACACUUGGCAACAUGGUCACGCAGUAAUCUUUGCACCUGUUAAUCCAAAUUUCCUGGAAAAGAGCCGUUAUAAUCUUUAAAAUCUAGGGAAUGCAGCGUGUGCUCUUAAUCCAGCUCCCGGCACAGGAAGGGUACCACUAUACAAUGGUACUAACCUAACGCAUUCCAUCCUGCCAGCAGUCCAGACAAGCUGAGACACUAUUCCAUACAGUAAUGGAAUCUGAUGGGCAAUGUCAUAAGUUCCAGCACACUGAGAAUGAACAUUGAAGGCUGAUUUAUUUUUUUUAAUUUUUUGGGGGGUUCUAUUACUCUUUUUAUUUAUUUUUUUUUGAUUCAAUUUGCUUUUAUUGACAUCAUAACGAUUGGCAAUACAAAGUUAUAUGCAUCAAUACAGAAGGUGGCAAAAAUAGUGUACAUGUCAGUUAUUGUUCAUUUGGUAUAAAGGUAUCGUUAGUAUUUAUGUGAAGAGAGCAAUUUUACAAAGUAAUAGCGAGCAUCUGAUUCCAUUCCUACAUUGCAACAUCUUUCAGCAUUGACAGUUUUCAAGAAGGAACUAGUCUUAGAAAAAUAGAAAGAGAGUAUUUUCGCCACGCUCACAAGCUUUAGACAUGAAAGCUAUAGAGAACACUCAGAUUCAGUCAUUUUGUUAAUUGGUAUGUUUGUGUUGGGAAGCAGAUAAACUGCGAUAAGGCAGAAACUUUAGUGCUCCUGCUGUGACCUUGUCUAGCCCUGCUUCCUGAGAGCGUCUCUACUGAUCCGUUGGGGUGGGGGGUAGGGAGUGGUUGUCGAGUAGUGGGGCGUUUGGGGGUCGAGGGUCCGUCAGGUAGUUUUUGUCCUGUGUGCGCGUUUGUUGUGGGUAUCCCCUUUGCGCUAGUCGCUGUUCUUUGAUGUGUGUGGGCGGUGGUUGUGCGUGUGUCAUGCGUCGGGGUGUAGUCUUGUUGGGGUGUCCCUUCUGUGUUUGGUGUUCUUCUGUGUCUGUUUGGGGAUCCUAUUAGUGUCGGGGGUGUAUUGGUCGAGCGGGUGCUGUCCCGGGUUGUGAGGGUUGGGUGGGUUCUGGUAUCGUGGUGUAGUGCACUUGGGUAUUGGGCGUCUUGUUGGGUUGGUUCAUCCCUUGUCCGAUAUGUGUUGGUCAUGGUGGGUCUUUGUGGGUGCUGUGGUGUAUAGUCUGUCCUGUAAGGGAGGUGGCGUUUCUGCGAGUGUAGGUGGCAUUCUCAAGGCAGCUUGUCGGCAGUUGGUCAUGUAUUUUAACGUGUGUUGUGGGGGGCGGGUGGGAUGGGAAUGUAGGUUAAUGGGUUGAGGGCAUUGCGGGUGAGGGUAAGGUGCGGGAGGGUAGGGGGUGGGGAGUCAGGUCCCGGGUCCCCACCUCAACCCCCCCCGCCUCCGGGGCAGGGGGCAUCUCCGGCUCUGAGUGGUCGUCUUGGUUUGGUUGGGUCGGUGGUUCAGCUUCCGUAUUGUCGUCCGUCAGUUCCGUCAGGACCGUCCCAUCUGCCUCUGCUGUCAGGUGUUGUGUGGUCCCCGUAAUUGGUGCGGUGGAGGCGAGCCAUUGGAGCCAGUGGUACCAUGCAUCAUGGUAACGUUGUAUGCGUCCCGUUGCGGAGUGGAUGAGUUCCUCGAUGCGUCUGAUGUCUUCCACUCUCGUUAUCCAUUCUCUGAUAGUCGGGGCCAUGUGUUGUUUCCAGUGUCUCGGGAUGAGGCUGCGGGCUGCGUUUAUUAGGUGUGGGAGUGCUGUUUUUUUAAAUCUGUUGAUGGGGGUCUGUGUAAGUUGGAGCAGGUAUGUGUCUGGUGAGAGGGGUAGGUUUGCUUCUGUUAUGGUUGUGAGUAUCUUGUGGAUCUCUGCCCAAAAGGGCUGGAUAAGGGGGCAGGACCACCAUAUGUGGAAGAGGGAUCCCAGUUCUCUCCCGCAUCUCCAGCAUUCCGGGUCAUUUGUGGUUUUCAUCAUGCUAAGUUUUUCCGGUGUCCUGUACCAGUGGGAGAGCAUUUUAUAUCCUGUUUCUUGGAAUUUGGUGGAGAUGGAGGCUUUAUGUGUGAGUGUAAACACCGUUGUCCAUUGUUCCGUUGAAAUUGAGUGUCCUAGAUCCCUUUCCCAGUAUUUUGUGAAGUAAGGGAGGGGUGCGUUAGUGGUGGUGGUGGUUUGCAUGCGAUAUAGUAGCGAUAUUGCGUGUGGGGGGGGGUUCAUGCAUAUGGUCUCGAAUACGGAGAGUGUUCGCGUUGCCGAAUUUAGGGUCGGUAUGCUUCUCAGAAACCUCGUCAGUUGGUGAUAUCUAAAGCAUAGGAGCAUAUUGUGUGGGGUAUUCGGGACCAGGGUGGUCAGGGGCGUGAUUGUGCCUUGGUCAUAGACGUCCUUCACUCUGCAGGGGGUCGGCAGGCCCAGGGCAGCCGUGUAGUGGGGGUCCGAUGCAGGGGCAAAUUUCGGGUUGUGAGAUAUGGGGCAUAAUGGUGAGAGCUCCGGGGCUACGUCUGUGUGAGUCGCCAGUCUCCUCCAAACUGCCAUUGUAGCGUUUAGGGUUGGGUGGUUCCAUGGCAGUUCCCCGGCCAUGGAUUUCGGCAGCCAGGGUAGAAGUGUCAGGGGUAUCCGUGAGAAGCUGGCCUCUAUGGGGAUCCAUAGCUUGUCUUUCGGGUCUUGUGUCCAUUCUAUCACUCGCUGGAGGUGUAUAGCAUGUCUAUAUUUUGUGAUAUCGGGUAGUCCCAGGCCUCCCUGUAGUUUGGGUCUGGUGAGGGUGGCAAAAUUCAGCCUCGGCGUUUUGCGGGCCCAGACGUAGGCCAUCAGUGUUUUACGGGUUUGUGUUAGGAAGGUUUUGGGAAUGUGGAUUGGUAGGGUUUGUAGGAGAUACAAGAUUCGGGGGAGGAUAUUCAUUUUGAGGACACUGAUCCUACCCAGCCACUUUAUGUGCGGGAGUUGCCACGAGUCGAGGUCCUUCUGUAUGCGGUCGAGGAGGGGUGGGAAGUUGAUGCGGUAGGUGUCCGACACAUCAGCCGACAGCCAGAUCCCUAAGUAUUUAAUCCUUUCUUUGCACCAGUGAAAAGGGAACUCUGUUUGCAGUGUAGUUGUCAGUGCUAGGGGGCAGUUUACGUUGAGAAUUUCAGAUUUCGUAAAGUUAAUUUUUAAGUUGAAGAGGGUGCCGUAUAGGUCAAAUUGGUGCGUGAGCUCCCUAAGUGAGGUUGCCGGGUUGGUGAUUGUGAAGAGGAGGUCGUCCGCGUAUGCAGAGACCUUGGUGGCUCCCCAGCUACCCUCGAUUCCAGUUAUGCGGGGUUGGGCUCGAACUGCAUUGAGGAAUGGUUCUAAGCUGAUGGCAAAGAGUAGGGGCGAUAGGGGACACCCUUGUCUAGUGCCGUUUCUGAUCUCAAAUGGGUCGGAGAGAAUCCCAUUAACCUGCACCCGGGCUGCUGGAGCAGUGUAUAGGGCCCAAAUGCGCGUCAUCAUGUGGGGUCCCAGUCCCAGGUGUUCCAGGGUGGACCUCAGGAAAGACCAGUCGACCCUGUCGAACGCCUUCUCCGCGUCGGUCGAGACUAUCAGGGCGGGGGAGUGUCCUUCUCGGGCCGCGUGGAGAAGAUUGAGUGUCUUGAUAGUGUUGUCCCUGGCCUCCCGGCCCUCCACAAAGCCCACCUGAUCAGGGUGGAUAAGGCUCGGCAUCAGGGGCUGGAGGCGCAGGGACAGUAUUUUGGCAAACAGUUUGAGGUCGGUGUUCAACAGGGAGAUCGGCCUGUAACUGGUACAUGAGGAGGGGUCUUUUCCUUCUUUCGGGAGUACCACGACGUGUGCUAGGAGCAUGUUGGGGUCUAAGGGGUCUCCGUUAUGUAUUGAGUUGAAUAGUGUAAGUAGGUGUGGGACAAGGUUGUCUGCGAACAUUUUGUAGUACUUUGCCGUGUAUCCAUCUGGUCCGGGGCUUUUCCCCAGUUUGGCCAGUUUGAUGGCUAGGCGUAUCUCCGCUUCAGUGAUAUCUUCUUCUAGUGUAGCUAUAUCUUGGGGUGUCAGCGUUGUAGUGAUAUUCUGUUCGAUAUAUGUUUUUUGCCGUGCUGUGUGAGCCUCUUCUCCUUCGUGUGUGCGUGUGGUGUUGGGAGGUAGGCAGUAUAGGGAGGAGUAGUAUUGUCUGAAGCCCUCUGCUAUAGCCUUCGGGGUCCGCAGUGUGUUUCCUGCCAGGGAGAUCUUUUGAACAUGGGUUUUCUGUCUCCGGGCUCUCAGCGCCCUAGCGAGCAGUUUACCACUUUUGUUUCCGUAUUCAUAGAACGUUUUUUGUGUGAGUUGGAACUGGAAUCGUAUUUUGGACGUGAGGCAUGAGUUGAGUUUCGCUCUGGUCUCUAGGAGUUGUUUGUAGGUUUCGUCUCGGAGGUCUUGUUUGUGAAGCGUUUCUAGACGCGCCAGUUGGGCAGCAAGGCGUGCUAUUUCCUGUGUGCGUUGUUUUUUCAGGCGAGUGCCGUGUUUGAUGAGGAUCCCUCGGAUAGUGCAUUUGUGUGCUUCCCAGACGGUCGUUGGUGCGCUUUCUGUUUUUUGAUUGGUGGGGAAGAAGUGGUCUAGUGUGUUCCUAAUUUCUGUUUGGAUCAGUGGGUCCUCUAAGAGUGAUUCAUUAAGUUUCCAUGUCCAUUGGGAUCGGAAGGUUCUAGGAUUGUCGAUGGUGAGUGUUACUGGUGCGUGGUCCAACCAGGUCAUGGGGGCGAUGUGGGCUGAGCACAGUGUGUCUAGAUCCCUGUGUUGGAUGAAGAAGUAGUCAAUCCUCGAGUAGGAUUUAUGUGGCGCUGAAUAAUAGGUGUAGUCUUUCUCUGUAUGGUGUAGGAUUCGCCAGCAGUCUACAAGUUGGUGAGUUGUCAAAAGGGUCCGCAGUCCUCUGAGGACGUGGUCCGGGAUCGUGGAGCUCCCUUUAGAUGUGUCCAUCUUGGGGUCUAGAGGGGCGUUGAGGUCCCCUCCUAUUAUUACGGUUCCUGCACUGAACGCCUCCAAUUUUCUCAGGGCUGAGGCUAGGAAUGAUUUUUGGCCUUUGUUUGGGAGGUAGAGGUUCGCGAGUGUGAUUUGAGCGUCCCCUAUGUGUCCUUUGAGAAAGAGGUAUCUGCCGUCUCGGUCUUUCUCUUCUGCUUCCAGGCGGAACUGGGUGUCUGCCGAGAAUAAUAUAGCCACUCCCUUGGAUUUGGUGGAGGGGUUAUGCGCGUAGUAGCCGGUUGGGAAGUAUUUAUCUGAGAAUUUGGGGGCUUUUGUUGCUAGAAAGUGUGUUUCUUGGAAGAAAGCUAUUGAUAUCUUAAGUGCUCGAAUUUCUCGCAGCGCUCUUGCUCGUUUUUGUGGGGAGUUCAGGCCCUUCGCGUUGAUUGUGUAGAGGUUAAUUCCUAUCUCCGCGUGCCCGGGGGCGUGGGGGGCGAGAGGCGGUGGGCCCAUCGUAUCCGGGUGGCGGGGUGUGGAGUAGGGGAGGAGAGGGGGGGGGGAGAUGGAAGGGGAGGUUGGGUGGGUUUGAGGGGGUAGUUCCAGCGGUGUGGUGUGUAGCGGUUGUGUCGAGUCGCAGAGGCGACUGUUGUAAGGGGUAAUGUGCCACUGGUAGGUGUGUGUCCGGGGACCAAGGUCCUCGUAGUCACCUCACAGUCUCUUGGCAGUGAACCCGUGGGGCAGGUGGCGUCGGUGGUUAGGUAGGUCACCUACUUUGGGGUGUCGUCUGGUGACGUAUCACUGUCUGUCAGCAUCCGUCUCCUGCUGCCUAAUAGUGGUGGUGUCUGGCAUCCAGAGGGGUAGUACCGUUCUAGCGGAUCAGUUAACAACAAUGUGAAUGGUCGUGAUGGUCGCCCCUGGGCGCUAUCUUGUUAUCGUUGCGCUAUUGUGUCGGGAGCGUGCAUACGGAUAUAAGAACAGUAUUCGUGAGAACAAUAUAAUAACAGCAUAUCAAAACAUGGUUACACAAAUUAUAUCCCAGUAUCAGGGAGAACAUCAGAAACUUUUAUGAACAUUUAGAGAUGGUUUGAGUGUGUUUGCGCAGCACAGGGGGCCCCUCAUGGAAUAGAAUGAGGUUUGCACCCCGUGGUGCGCCGUCACCCCACACCUUUUAUAUAACAGGGUAGGAGGAGGAGGGCAAAAAGUAAGGGGGGGGGAGGGGGGAAGGGGUUCAGGGAAGAAGAAAAAACAAAACAAAAAAAAAACACAACAAUAUACUCAAUACACUUUGUUGGAACCAGUGAGCGCAGGUGUCUCCGUCGCCCGGUGGGAACCUCUCGGUUGUUCACAGGGGGCGAGGCAGAGUCGCUCUCAACAGUAAUUCGGAUGUUCACAAUUAUGAGUCUGCUUGAGGAACACGGAGCAUUCAUCUUACGGUAUGUAGUGGUUGGUGAGUGAUGUGUUCCCCCCUUCUAGCGUGUUCGUGGUGCCUGAGGUGUGUUUCUGUUGGACGCCUCAGAGGUGCGUUUGAUACCUGGUUGCCUGUGUUGCAGGUAUGGUCUGUGUGUAUGUCUGCGGUUUGAUUAGAUAGUGAGGGUGUCUGGGUGCAUCUUGGGUGUAUUUGGGGGGGUUCCCCUCCUGGUGUAGCGGAUGUGUGUGUGUGUGUGUGUGUGGGUGAGUGUUAGUGUUUAGGUGUGUAAGCGAGCCCGCAAGGUAUACUUGCACUUGCGAUUCGUUCUACGGUGGUGGAAGCCGUGGCCGGCAGUCCAGGGUGAUGCCAGGGUGUCAGUUCAAGGCAUCAUGCCAGUGGUCGUCUCUAUAGGGUGGUGGGAGCUUGGCGGGUGUGGGUCUAUGUCCCGCAUUGUGGGGCAAAGGAGUCUUGUGUGGAGCCGGCCAAGGUAUUGGUGCACUGGCGAGUUGAGGGCUGAUUUAAUGCCUCUGUACCUCCAGGGCCACUUUAAUGUCCUCGACUCUGCAGAUCAUGGACAUCCCACCAGGUCUGCUUUAAUGUCCUCGACUCUGCAGAUCAUGGACUUCCCACCAGGGCUGCUUUAAUGUCACCGACUCUGGAGAUCAUGGACAUCCCACCAGUCCCUUCAGACCAGGGAUGUCCAUCCUGAAUGAUUUACCUUGUUCCUCUAGGUCACGAAUGCCCAGUUAGAGCAGAUUUAAGGCCGUUGUUCAUUAUAUCACAGAUGCUCCUGACCCUCUAGAUCCCAGCACAACACUCUUUAAUAGCUCCAUGCCACCAGAUCAUGGAUUCCCAGUCAAGGCUGCUUUAAAAUAAAGUCUAAGGAGAUAAUAGGGUCAGAGUUCAAAAUUUGGCCCCCAACAAGUGACCAGGGGCAGUUUAAGGCUUUGAUGGGCCCUGGAUGCUGCUUUUAAUGUUGGGCCCCUUUCCUAUUUUCACUGCCUGGCCAUGGACCCGAACUUUGCUCCUCCACAUCAAAUAUUCCUUAGUUAAUUUUUAAUCUCUCAUACCCCAAACCUACUUUCCCUGUCUGGUGACCUGGCUGUAGUGUUUCACCUUGAUGAUAGGACCAGCCAGAUAUCCAUAAGGAUGGAAGAGCCAUUGGGAUAUAUAGUGUUUGACACCCUUGUAGACUGGUAGUGAGACCAAGAAAGAGGCAGACUGAUUAGAAUGGGUCUGUCAUUGCUCCCCGCUAGUAAUAUGCUAUCCUACUCCAGUACUAUGUGCAUCUUUCCAGGUUACGCUUGCUGUUACCAAUUGUCCCUGUUUACCAAACUGCAUUGAGACCAAGACCAGGUCGAGGCAAACCCUUUGCUGUCUUCACGGUCCUCAUGUGUCAUUCAUCCUGAAUGGGGUAAAAGGGAAUUGAAACUAUCUAUUUUAUUUUGGUAUUGUUGGUAAUUCCGGGUGAAACCAGAUCUGCCGCAGCUUGCAUAGUACGUUCCUGAAUUUAAUUGAAGCAUUUUGAUGUAGUGUCACGCUAAAAAAAUAAUAAUUAUAGUUUGCCCUUCGAAAAAAGCUUCAUAUCUACUCAAAAGGAGUUUGGGAAUUUAAUUUCUAAUAUGCAUGCUCCGAUGGCAAUAAUAAUGAAUAUAAAGAAACAUCCUUGUAAAUAGUCACUGUACCCUUCUAGCUAUAGCUCUGGCAAAGCAUCAUGGGAGCUGUAGUCCUGCAGCAAGAGGAGGACUACCUGAUGCCUGACCCUGCAGUGCGGUAUUGGACAAUAUAUUUUAAAUAGUUUCUCAUUUUAUCUGCUAUUGGUUUACAACUCCUAUUACCCAAAGCCAAAAACAGAGGAGUUUCAUGCAUUCUAAUAGCAUUUGCGUUUGUCCUAUUUUAACGUUAUCAGUAUCACGACAGAUUUUUUUUCUGCUGCAAAAAAAAAAAAAAAAUUACAAAUAUCUUCUAUAUAAAUAUCUUCAUGUCAAAUGAUGCUCUGUACUUUCAGCAGAUAUUGACCUCUCAUAUUAACUGUUGCAGCCCCGAGGAGAUCGAUCUUUCACAAUUGACGAUGAUCAAAACUGCUUCAAGAAAGAUGGGGUUUGUUUCCACUACAUAUCUGGAAGCAUUCACUACUUCCGAAUCCCGGCCAUUUACUGGAAGGACCGACUGAUGAAGAUGUACAUGACUGGGUUAAAUGCCAUUCAGAUGUAAGGAGCACCUUUUUCAUAUUGCUGUUAUGAUCUUCUGACUCUGUCCUCAUUUUUACUAAAGGGUCUCACUGGAUUAUUCACUAAAUUGUGGUCGGGAACUCCAAAUGAAUUCAAACUGUAUUUAAAAUUUUAGGCAAAAGACAUGAAUCGGAAACAUGGCUGACAAUGGAGAAUAUUUAAUUUGUCAAAAGGAUUACCCAAACAAAAAUGAAGUUUUGUUUUUUUAAAAAUUGUAAUAAAGAACAGCGUGGAACAAUCAAUCAUAAUGGUUUAGGUAAUCAUGAUACAAUAUUGAAAUUACAGUAAAGAUACAAAAUAAAGAAUUAGUAAGAUUUUUUUCAUUAAAAAAAAUAAACAACAAAAACAUUCUGAACAUUCUAAAUAUUUUUUUAAUUUAUUUCUUUGUCAUUCUUCUAGUCUACUGGUUGUCAGUUAUGGCGUAUCUUACCUCUGCAGGUGUUUAUUAACUAGAUUCCCUAUGAUACUGUGUGUUUAAAUGAUGUGCCCUUUAAAUUAAGUACAGUAGUAUCGUCACAUAUAUUACUUUACCUUUUUGAUCAUCCAUGAGACCUUUCUUUCUCUGGUGGCUUCCUUUUGUUUUAUAAACUUGGUAAUUUGGUAAAAAUGGUCUCUUAUUUGUCUUUUUCACCAGAUUUCCUACAACUUUCUCAAUUCCACCUAAAUAUUUUAUGUGGGCCGUAGUUUGUCAAACCAUUUCUAACUUAACUCUUUAAGGACACAACUUCUGGAAUAAAAGGGAAUCAUGACAGAAUAUUUCCGUCAUGUGUCCUUAAGGGGUUAACCCAUUUUUGUCUCUAUUCACCUGCACUAGUAAAAAAUGCAAUUGUUUCCUCAACAGCUAUGUCCCCUGGAAUUUCCAUGAACCAGAACCCGGUAUGUUUAAUUUCGAAGGAGACGGAGCUCUAGAACAUUUUCUGGAUCUGGCCAAUGAGACGGGCCUUCUGGUCAUCGUACGGCCUGGUCCAUACAUCUGCUCCGAAUGGGAUAUGGUGAGAGACAGGCGCUAGGCCUGCAUUCUUUGCUAUGAUAUACCUGUAACCACAAAUUAUGGAUAAAAUAUGUAAAAUACAGACGGGUUGUACUCUUGUCAAUGUAGAUUGGAAACCAAGUGGAGAAUAAGCUAUUUCAAGAAAACAAUAUGUUUUAGAACAUGUAGUUCAGUUACAGCUGAGACUGGCGAGACUGGCGAGUUCUAUAUAAGGACUAGUCAGUCUAACUGGAGAGAGAUAAUUAAGUGGAAGGAUUGAUAAUUGGUAAAUGUGGAGGAUUUUACAACAUAUACUACCAUGUAUAUAAAUAUAUAUUUUUCAAAUGAUGAAAACUUUAAAAGUCACCCAUGCAACAUAUGAGUGUCCUACUUUAAUUGUCUAAUAAUUGCAACUAUACAUUGUGCUUGCCAGCUUUUGCAUUAGGCUCAAGAUAUUUCUGAAUCUUCCUUUCAGGGGGGUCUUCCGGCCUGGCUAUUAAACAAGAAAGAUAUAGUUUUGCGAAGCUCUGAUCCAGGUACUUAUAACAAACAAAGUUCAGGUGAAAAUUGUGGCAAAUGUUGAAAUGAUCUAAAAUUCUAUUUUAAACCACGAAACCCAUAGAGCAGCAUUGAGUAUUUUUUAUGCCAAACUCUUUGACUUAUUGUUACCAUUAGCAAUUUACUGCAUUGUCAGUAAGUGUCCUGGUAUAGCGCCACAUCAGGGUUAACCACUAACAUGUAAAUUGUCAGGAAUUCAAAGCAAAUUUAAAAUUAAAGGACAAAAUAGAUGAACAUGAAACGUAGCUGACUUGGAAAAUUUGGCUGUUUUUGCUUAAAAUUCUAAAUUAAUUCUAAAUUUCUGAUUGUUGCUUUAUUCCUCUCUGGAUGUUAUCAGUUUGUAUUUAAUACCUCUUUUGGUCCAAUUACAGACUAUUUGAGCGCUGUUAAUUCCUGGUUGUCUGUUCUGCUUCCGAGAUUGCGUCCGCGUCUCUAUAACAAUGGAGGGAAUAUAAUUAGCGUUCAGGUGACUUGACCUCGUGACUACGAAAUAGCAUGUCUUGUACUGACUCUUCCUGUAAAACUGUUUCAUUUCUAGGAAUCUCCCUCAAGUCUUACCUUAAAAACUCAUAUGUACAAAAAUCCCAGCAGGUAGGCCUGUCUGAAACCUUUGGCAAAGAUAAAUUACUUCACACCAUGUCCUUUAAAAGCGUAUAAUCUAUGUGUAAUAUGGUAAAGACAUAGUCGAGGGGAGACGUUAUGUGUUUAAAAAGACAAGGCAGGUCGGUUAAAAGGACCAAGAUGUAUCUGGUUUGGCCCAUUUUCCUUCCCUGCGCAUGUUUAUUCUCUGUUUAUCUCCAGAUGAUGUGAAUGUUUGCGAUUCACUCCCAUAUCUAGUUUAUUUUCCUACAAUGUUGGUUCCUUUACUAAUGUACCUUUAAUUUACAAAAAGCAUAAUUGACAAGGUGCAGAAAGUGACAAGGAUUGGUGUGUAAGACAUGUGGUGCUUUGGAAUCUCAGACUUGCCUAAUACACCGGCUGUACGCUAGCAAUAUUCUAGUACUUCUCAUAAUACCACAACUACACCACAAUAUGGGCUAUAUCCUAUCAGACUGUCAGACUACGCACACCCCAUUUAUAUGUUUUAUAUUCUAGUUUAAUAUUUUAAUACCAGUUCCAAUUACUCGUACAUAUAUUUCGUGGUACACUGUCAUUUCAGUAUGGAACAUGUUGCCAUGUAGUUGUUUGCGUGUGUAUCAAUGUGUUCAUGUUAUCUGUUUCCAUUUGUUUUCCAUGUGUCGUUCACCCUGGAAGGUGGAGAAUGAGUAUGGCAGCUACCAUGCCUGUGAUUACAGCUACAUGCGCCAUCUUUUCCAUACCUUCCGUCUCUAUUUGGGAGACGAUGUUGUACUUUUCACUACAGAUGGGAAUACGGAUCGCGAACUCAAGUGCGGGAGUCUGCAGGGGAUGCACGCCACAGUGGAUUUUGGCCCAGGUGAUCAAUUGCAUGUUUUGUUUUUUUUGUUUGGUUUUUUUUGUAUUUCCAUAAUUAGUUGUUAAAGCAACUUUUUUUUCAUCCUGAAAACUAUCACAUUACAUUAAAAAAAAAUAAAAAAAAAAUACAUCAUAAAAAUUUUUUUACACACGUAGUCAACAUUUUUAAAAAGGUAUACUACAUAUCUGAAGGGGUCUUUCCUUCUUAAAUAAAUAUUAUCUUUUUUUUUGCAGCGGAUGACGCAAAGAAAGCCUUUGACCUGCUGCGCAGAUAUCAGCCCACUGGACCUCUGGUAUGACAACGAGAUGACUUUCUCAGCAUUUAUAAAUUACUACUCGGUAUCAGCUAUUUAGCGGGUACUCCAUCAAUUCACCCGCCUUCAUAUUUCCUGAACAAUGCUGUGUUCCCCUCUUAAAUACAAGUGUCGUAUAAUCCCACACACCAAUGAACCUAUGUUAAUUUGCUUUAUAUCCCAAUAUUAGUGAUGUCCUGAACGGUUCACGAACGGUUCGCCGCAGACUAAUCAAUGAGUAAACUUUGACCCUGUACCUCACAGUCAGCAGACACAUUCCAGCCAAUCAGCAGCAGACCCUCCCUCUCAGACCCUCCUACCUACUGGACAGCUCACUAAGAAUGCAGCUUCACAAUGGAUGCUGUCCAGGAGGUGAGAGGGUCUGGGAGGGAGGGUCUGCUGCUGAUUGGCUGGAAUGUAUCUGCUGACUGUGUGGUACAGGGUCAAAGUUUACUCAAUGAUGAGUCCACGGCGAACCGUUCGGCGAACCGUUCGGGACAUCACUACCCAAUAUUAAUCACAUUUAUGCAAUCCUAUAUUUAUCCCUUAUUUAGUGGCUAUUUAGUUAUUUUAUGCAGCCCUUUAUUUUAAAACAUGCUGUAGUGGUUAUGGUGCCAGGGGACUCUGGAGCCCCCUCCUAUAUAAGUACUCAAACUGGUUUAGAAUUGUAUUAAUUCUUAUCAGGGGACCCCAGGUUAGAGGUCAAAUAAUUCUAAAAGUGUGAAUAUUUACAAUAGGGGCUUGCCAGAAAACUCCUGGCACCAUAACCACUACAGCACGGUGCUUGCAGUAUACCUUUGAGUUUCUAUUAUUAUGCUAAAAUGAUUUGUUGGUAGGUAACCUUGUAAGGUAGUUUUUCUGCUUACCUGUAAACAUACAAUUGUUGGUGUGUUGUCUGAUUUUGAAUGUAACCUCCUGUUCCAAUGAUUAUUUGCUAAUCUCUUCCAGGUAAACUCUGAAUAUUACACAGGAUGGCUGGAUUACUGGGGGGGAAACCAUUCAACAGCCAGCCCACAGAUGGUUAGCCAUGGUCUACAGACUAUUUUGGAAAUGGGGGCAAAUGUCAAUAUGUGAGUACUAGCAAAUUGGGGGUAAGGAGGUCACCACUUUUGAUAAAAUUGUGCUACUUCUAAAAAAGUGUAAAUUAUAACAGUGGCAUAACUCUAGAGUCAGUACUCUUGUACAUUUACAACAGGCCCGUGUAAAUGUACAAGGUACCAGGACAUAUUGCAGGAUUAUUUACUACAUUGAGAUUCCAGGUGAAUUUCAAAUUUAAGGUCAAAACCCCCGAACUGGAAACAUUCUCUGAGUCCGCUAUGGUUUCAACUCGGCUACUCCGGCUAGAAAUUAAAAUUCACUUUGGGGAAAAACUCUAUUAAUGUGACGGGAAGGGGGCUCCAUGCUGUGAUUGUAGAAAAUAUUCCAGAUUUCGUGAAUUCAAUUAUUGUCUUCUCCCCUUAAGGUACAUGUUUGAAGGAGGCACAAAUUUCGGCUACUGGAACGGUAAGAGAGUGCAUGAAAACAAAUGAGGAAGUGAAACAAGAAAGUCAUACGGGAGCAAACAGGAUAUAUAAAAUUAGAACCCAAAAAAAUCCUAAUGAGUUUGGAUAUUCAAGUGGAAGACAUUUAUUGUGUAAAACGGACACUCCAAACAGCAUGCUCAUAGCACGGGUUAUAUUGCACAAAAUGCAAGUCCCUACGUAGUAUAAAAUUCCAAUUCACAGCUUCUUAUUUAUAACAUGGAGAGUAGUUAUGUAUCUAUCAGCUUAGAAACAGCUCUAUUUAUUCUAUGUGAUGUCAAAUGCUCAACCACAUAUCUGUUAAAUCCCUGCUCAGAACAUUAUGUUGUCUGAAAAUCUAAAUCUCAAACAUUAUGGUGCAAACAUUCUAAUAAACCAAGAUACUGAUGGUCCAGUGGUCUGUGGAUAUAUCUAGAACCACGAGCUGGCAUUACUUUAUACACAAUAGGUAGAUCCACAACGCUUACCAUAAUAUAUAUAUUAAGGCAAAUGGCAUUCGCAUGCACCACCACAAAGUUAUACGAUUUAUAGCUUUUGGAACCAACACAAUGUUUAUGUGUUUUGUAUCUUUGUCCUAAAUAACUACCUGCAAUUCUUCCAGUUUUUGCAAAAAAAAAAAAAGACACAAUUUUUUUCCCCGCAAUAUCCGUGAUGAGGUGCUGAAAGGGCAAGGUACUUGGGCACCCGUCCUAUGUCAAACUGCUGGAAAAUGUUUUUACUUAUAACCGUGGGAAGGUGAUUAUAAACUACUGAGGCUUAUCGUUGGCAAUUUAAGUCAUUUUAGAGCCGGCUAAGUUCGCAUCAAUUGGGAAGUAGUUUGGUAAAUCACAGAACAGAACAAAUCUAGCGAACAACCUACAUAUUUUGUCCUCUGAAUUGCAUGCUUUCUGCUAGAUGAUUUACUACGAAUUACUCCUGCCAAUUUGAGAUAUUAUUGAAUAACCCUGAACCAGUAUUGAUGGAAAUGAAUGAAGCCGGUAUCUGUCUUAUAUCUACAGGAGCGGAUUACAAGGAACAGUACAAGCCAAUUACAACAAGCUAUGACUACGAUGCUCCCUUAACAGAAGCUGGGGAUCCCACAGAAAAAUUAUUUGCAUUACGAUCUGUGAUCAGCCAGGUAGGCUUAGUUUGAUGGGUAUUGAUAGAUGAUCCUUGUUACUAAAGGAGUAACUAUGUUUCAAAAGGCCAUUUUAUUGUCAUCAAUUAUAACUGGAUGCCAAAGGCACCCCUACCAGUCCAGGAUUUAGGGUUUGGCCAGUUGGGUAUAAGGUGUUUUUUGUUUUCUUUUGACACAACUGGGUAAUACCUGAAUCCUGCACUGGUAGGGGUGCCAUGAGGACUGGUUUGGGACCCACUGGGCUAACCCUUAGCUCUCCAGUAAAGUGAGGGUAAAUCAUGCAGGUAUGAAUCCUUAUUAUAGCUGUAAGAAUACAUCACAAAUAUACAUGGUUUAAAUUAAAUUUAUGUGAGUGAGCUAUCAUACAGGGCUUAUUUGCUGCAUUGAUUCCCACCGCUAACAUAUCCGUUUAUAUAUUUGAUCUAUGUAGUUUCUGCCAGUUCCAGAAGGCCCAAUGCCUCCCCCCACCCCGAAGUAUGAUUAUGGGGUGGUGAAGUUGCAGAAGGUAAGUUUUGUGUGUGUUACAUGAUAUUACCUGUACAGUGAUACCGCCAUGCCCAUCCUUAAUCCGCUUCCUUCUACCUUUUAGGUUGGAGAUAUUACAGAUUUUUUGGAUAUUUUGUGCCCAGGGGGUCCGAUUGUGACCAGAUACCCUAUAACCUUUGAGGAUGCCAAACAGGUAACAUUUGCCUCUUGUUUUUUCGCUUUUAACAUUUUGUACUGAUAUAGUUAAAGUUGGUGCAGGCAGCAAAUUCACAAGUGUUUAUUGCUGAUUUUUAUUUCAAAUACCUGGCUGCAAAGGACGUCUGUUUCUGUUUGUAAAUAUGGACAAAUGGGCCACCCUCUAGAUGUAUACAUUGUGAGUGAGAGCUAACUGAUGAACAUUAAUUGCCUAAUAGACCUAUUAAAAAAUAGCGCCAACAUAUUCCAAAGUACUUUACAAUAGUAGAAUGGAGAUAGUUAGCAACAAAAAAUAACAGAGACAAAAGCUGAAGAAGCCCCUGCUCAAACCCAUGUAUUAGAAGAUACUUGGGGCUCUCCUCUGUCGGCUAGGGCCAUUUUUAGUGACCACAGACUAACUGUUGAGCAGCAUGCAGUCCUUUAACUCGAUUAAGAACAACACGGCUGAAUGAUCAUGUGAUUCUACGACUACAGGCUUCUCAAUGCCCUGAGAGGGUCACCCUGCAUGUCCUCAAGCCAAUUGUGAUGGGUGCUGGCCAGCAGCGAUCAUGCGGUUAUCGGCCAGAAAACUGUUCUUCAUUCAGAAUGACAGGAAAAUAUUCAUGUAAUACUGAAAAUAGCCAAUAGAUUUCGGCAACAUACCACUCUACUUUUUUUUAACUAGAAAACCUAUCUGUUUAUAUCAGUACUGAUAUUAGCAGAAGGUUUCAUUAGGGUUAAUGUCCAGGUAAGGUAAAGGUUGUAAAACAAUGUGGUGGUGCUUUUUAUCAUUUUAUUCACACUUAGUGUUGUUAGAUUUACAUAAAGUAUCAAUUAAAAGAAAGUCCUUUCUAUCCUUUAAAAAUCAAUAUACAAGGUGGGCGGGGCCUGACUGUCAUGGAGGGAAGAUGUGCCUUGAUCGAGCUGCUCACUAAUCUUGGCUAGUAGGGCAUUUCUCAACCUCAUAUAGCUCCAAUUGAGUAAACCAAGCGACUUACUAGUCCUCAGACCUCAAGGUGAACCGGUGAAGCGACCGUGAACGGACAACAUGCGGCCUAGCAUGCACCGGACGGGAAAGGCGGAGGAUUUCCCAGUGCAGAGCUGCCCAAUUGACUGUCUGCUUCGAACAGGUGCCCCGUUACCACCCCCCGACCCCCUUGGGCCGGUGAGGGUAAUCCCAGUCAUCCCCUGGGAAGCUUUCCUGGCAUAACAGGUGAAAUUGUAAAGAUUGCCAGAAAAUCGAGAGACCUACCAAAUAUGGCGGAGGCCACGCGGAUCCCAGACAACUCGUCCUUUGUGAUGCUUUGCCAGGCCUUUACUGCGGCUGUCUUCAGUUGUUGUUGUUUGUUAGUGGGUCUUUCUGUCUUUAGCAAGUGAAAUGCGUGAUUGAUUUGACCAUUACAGAAUAUUCCAUUCUUUGCCAUAAAAAAACUCCUGGGUUACCUUAUGUAGUAUGUUUCGGGUCAUUAUCCAUCUGUAAAGUGAAGCACCAGCCAAUGAACUUUGAAUUUGGCUGAAUCUGAGCAGACAAUAAAUCUUUGGUCACAUUAUCAAUUCACAUUGCCUCUACCUUCUCCAUACUUUUUGUUUCCUCCCAUAAUUCUGGUCAAGAUUGUUCUUGGUUUCAUCUGUCCAUAGAACGCGGUUUUAAAACUGGGCUGGCUUUUUUUAGAUGUUUUUAGGCAAAGUCUAAUCUGGCCUUUCUAUUCUUGAUCUCUGUAUACACAGAUAUGGGACACAGCUCGGCACUAUAAAAAGAACAAAAUGGAACCGCAGAUAGUGAUGUAUUGUAAUAUAAAGUGAAUCAAGUGGCUAAUGAUUGCACUCACAAGAGGUACAUUGAAUCAGCGCCUUGAGGCCCUCAAAGGGCUAUUGUAAUCCACUCUCCUUCUCUGGUUGUAAUAGAUGACCAAUCAAGGAACAGGAAUCUGUUGGUAGGAUCCAGUACAAAAUAUGACAUUUUAUUUGGGCAUUAAGCCUCCAAUAAAAGUAAAGAUAAAAACGAUAAUAAGUUAUAAAUGGUUAAACCUUUCUAUUCUUGAGGCUUAUGAAUAGCUUGCACGUAGUGGUGAACCCUCUGUAUUUUCUCUUGUGAAGUCUUCCCUUUAUAGUAGACUUUGAUAUGCCUACCUGGAGAGUGUUCUUCACUUGGCUGGAUGUUGUGAAAGGGUUUUUCUUUACCAAGGAAAGGAUCCUACGAUCAUCCACCACUGUUGUUUUCCAUGAAUGUCCAGACCUUUUUGUGUUGCAGAGCUCACCGGUGCAUUCUAUUUUUCUCAGAAUGUAUCAAACAAUUGAUUUGGCCUCUCCUAAUGUUUCUGGUGGAAUGUUUUGUCGCCCAAGGAUGUACUUGCCUUGAAAGCUCCUUUGACCACAUGUUGUGGGUUCACAGCCACAGCUUCCAAAUGUAAAUGCCAACACCUGGCAUAAACUCCAGACCUUUUACCUGCUUAAUUAAUGAAGAAAUAACGAAGGAAUACCCCACACCUGUCCAUAAAACAGCUUUUCAGUCAAUUACUUUUGGUCUCUUGAAAAAGAGGGGGCUACAUAUUAACAAGCUGUAAUUUCUAAACUAUUACUUCAAUUUGGAUGUGAAUACCCUCAAAUUAAAGUGGAGAGACUGCACUUUAAAUGCAUAUUCAUUAUUUAACUGUAACUUGAAUUUAUUUUGAUAAACAUCUGAAAUAAUAAAACCUGUGUCAGUGUCCAAAUACUUCUGGACCUAACUGUAUUGUCUUUAUAAACGGAUCAAUGAAUGUUGUGAUUUUAAUAGCCUUCUAUCCCCUGAACCUACUUGUAACUUGUUUAUAUUAUACAUAUGUAUAACUGCUGGUAGUUUAUCUGCUUAAAAAUUAAAUAUACUUAAGACCCAAUGUUUCUACGACUUGCAUCCACACACUUCUUAAUUUUGUUUAAAAAAAUCUAUAAUGUUCCUCUAGUUUAUUUAAUCUGUAUUGCUUUUCCAUUUAACUAUUUUCUCUCUGUUCUCUCUCAGUAUUUUGGGUUCAUGCUGUACCGGACGCGAGUGCCCUGGGAGAUACCAGAUAUGACCUCUCUUUCGGAUCCCUUUAACGGUGUCCGUGAUCGGGCUUAUAUCACUAUUGAUGGGGUAAGAAAAAUUCACAUUGAUUCUACUACAUCAGGGUCUUCUCCAUAGAAGAGUAAUGUAAUUUCCCCCCUCCCCGAAAGUAUUAGUCUAAGAACAAUAGGGAAAUUACAUUUUUAGAGUUAAAGGGACGCUAUAAUCACCCAAACCACUUUAUCUCAAUGAAGUGGUAUUGGUGCACUGACCCUGCCCCCCUUAGCCCUGCAAUGUAAACAGUUUUAGAGAAACCACAAUGUUUACAUUGCAGGCCUAAGAUUACCCAUGGUGGCUGUCUACCGGACAGCUACUAGAGGUGUUCCCUGCGGUUUCACAGAGUUUGAUGCCGUGAAACGACGCUGGACAUUCUCACGCGUUGAACAAGGAGACAGAAUAGCUGAAUAUAAUAAUGAAUGUAAUCCACAAAAUUUUGUGCGUAGGGUACAUAAUCAAGGAAGUAAGAUGUUUUAGAAUCAAGGGAUUAUGAAUGCCAAAUGGUCAUCUACCAUCAAAGGCUCUGUCAUGAUAACUGUAAUUUUUUUCGAUACAGAGCUUUACCGGCGUGUUAGAAAGGGACCAUGUGAGAAUGAUCAAUGUCACUGGCAGUGCCGGGGACUGGCUCGAUAUUCUGGUGGAAAAUAUGGGAAGAAUAAACUUUGGAUCAUUUGUCAAUGACCUGAAGGUAAAAUGUAUCACCCAUUAAGAUCGUGAUGUAAAUCACCGGUGGCUAUUGUUUGAUGAUCAUAGAACGAAGUGGGUCAUAAACACCAGUUAUGAAUAAUUUUAGUAAAUUAAACUUUACUUUCUUUCCAUGCGUAGGGUUUGGUGUCCAACUUGACGCUCGGAGUAGACAUCCUUACCGACUGGUUGGUUUAUCCUUUGAAUAUAGAUGGUCUAAUUGCAGAAAACUGGCCACACAUGCACAGAAACCAUAUCAUCAUGGCUGCACAGCCAGAGAGCCACACCGGGCCUGCAGUCUACACUGGGACUUUCAAAACUGCUGUUACAGGAGACACCUUCUUAAAACUCUUUAAAUGGACAAAGGUAACAUUCCACGUACAUGAUUUUUAUUAUGUCAGGAUACAUUUUAGAAGCUUUAUUUUUUUUUUUUCAGUAAAACAUUGUUUAGAAUCUCACAAGCAAAUCUAUGCAUUAGUUAAAGAAACACUCCAGAAAGCUCGCUGAAUUGCUGUGUGUCUGGAGUCUGUCAUAUAUGUGACUGUUUAUGAGAGUGCAGAUUUCAAUAGAAAUUGGCACUUUUAUAACUGGGGUAAAAAAACACCUCCCUAGCUGUCAAUCAUACAACCACAGAGGUUUUAUUAUUCUUCCGUUCGUUAAACAGAACUAACAGAAGUGGGAGUAGCUAGAGCACAGAACUAGAGCAAUGCUUGCUACCCCCCCACCUUCGCAGAGCUAUACUGCAGCUCGUUGAGAAGCAUAGGAAAGCAGGCGCUUGUUAGUUACCCAGCACAGGCUAAAAAUGUUGAAAGCUUUUGCAAGCUGAUUUUUUUUUAAUUUUUUUAAAUAUACACACCCCCCAAAAAAAAAAACAGGCAGGAAAAAAAUACAUGCAUGCUCUGUUGUGGUAUAUCUACUAAAUUGUAAAAAUAAAAUCAAUGACAUGUUCUUUUGAUAAUCUGUUGGGGUCAGAGACCAGCAUAUGCUAUAUAGCUAAAAGUAUACAUAACACUUCUAAUAUACACAUUAAAAACUGCUCUUUCGGUGGAACCUGUUCUUGUUAUAGAGGUUUAUUUAUUUAUCUCCUUAUACGUAUUUUUCAGGGACAGGUAUGGAUAAAUGGCUUUAACAUUGGCCGGUACUGGCCGGAUCGAGGACCACAGGUUACGCUCUAUGUGCCAGGAAACAUUUUGAGCAACAGAGAAAUGAACAACAUCACUGUUCUGGAGCUUGAGAGUGCCCCAGAGAUAUUACUGAUCUUUCUAAUAGACAGACCCAUCAUAAGUAAAAAUGAUCACGGGUUCUGAGCCUGCACCAGUUACAAAAAGGGAUUCUGACACUCGCUGCUACAACUACUGAUCUGUGUUACAGCCUAAAUCAGCACAGCACGGCUUCAUUAGUUAAUAGUGCUGGUUCUGUCCACGAGUAGACUACUAAUGAAUGGCUUAAUUCCAGCAAUUAAAUCUCCAGCUCACAAUAUCUUAUAUGUGCUGCAAGAAAAUGCUGACAAUAUUCAGGAUAAAUGAGAAUUGAGCCCCCAGCAGUCACAGUGGAAGAGAAGCAGAAUUCUGUAUCAAACACAGAAGAUAACUAGUGAACCUUUCUACUUUCAGGCUGGUACCUGAUAAUUUUAUUUUUUUAAUGUCACAUAAUUCCCCCGGAUCAUCUGCAAUUUUAAAUAAAUUUCUCAAACAACCAUUUGCAAGUAGAAAACAUAAUUUCAGUAUGUUCAUAAGAAAGUUUAGCACAACACAGCCACACGGUCAGAGAUUGAAUUUAUUUAAAAAAAAAACAACAAAACAAAAAAUUAAAAUAGACUUUAGGGGUCUGCAUGAUCAGUAAUUCUCAUUGCACAACAUUGUUUUACAUAGCAAUACUGUUUAGCAUGGCACUUACAUAUCAUAGUUAUAGGAGUAUAUUUUAACAGUUUAACAUUAUUGGGUCAUAACUAGAAUUAAAUUUUUUUCUCAAAUUUUACGAUUCCCACCUGUCCCAGUUUUAAACUACACACCUUAGACUUAAUAUAAAUUCAUAAAUAUAAGAGGGUUAAACACGUGAGAAUAACCAGAUUGCAGUGGUAUUAGUAUGGGCUACACUUAACUGCAAGAACUAUUUGCAGAUAUUGUGAUAUGGAACCAGAUUCAUAGCUGUACACGUCAUGUUUGUUGCAGUAUUCUUAAACUGCACAUGGUGGCCACAUUACACGACCUUCAAAUUUAAAGAUCCUGUAAAGUUAAUUUAACUGUUUGCAAUGAACCGAACACCCCUAUUCUUUCCGGUCAAUUUUCUGCAUAAGGUGCAUUGCCAGCAUAAUACACUUAUUGCAAAGAAUGAAAAGAGAGCAGGAAAACCUUCCUACACAGUCACAGCAGCUACAGCUGUUGUCACAGCAACUACAGCACAUAUGCACUAGUGAGUUUAGCUUGCACUUGCUGGAAGAACUGAGAAGCCAUUCUAACACCGGUGCACUUGCAAUGGUGUAAGCGUCUAUAAAAACUAAUUUGGGCAGGGUUCCCCAGCAAUGCUUGUAGCGCUUAAGGAAAGAGGGACAUAGGCAAGUGGGAAUGGGUAUUAUAUUAGUAGUAUAUCUUCUAAUCCAGGCUUCCCCAAACACUGGCCCUCCAGACGUUGCUGAACAACUCCUAUGGUUCUAUGAAUGACAGGCUGAGAAUCAUGGGAGUUGUAGUUCAGCUGGAGGGCAGGAGUUUGGGGAAGCCUGCUCUAAUCUAUUCACAGGCUAGUGAUUUUGCUAGCGGAGGGGAAUAGAUUAUAUCUAAACCUACCUGAAUGCAAACCAAAGUACUGGGGAAUAAGUGAGAUUUGAAGACAUCAUAAACCAUGGGACCAAAUGGUAGUUGUUUAUGAAUCCUGCCAGAACCAUGACGCCAUUACUUUUCAUAAUGUAUAGUUUACCACAUAAUGUUUAAUGUUACACAUAAAAUAAUUAAAAUAAAUUAGUCAUGAAUAUUUUAAGUUAUUACAUGGACAUAUGAGUAACCCUCAGUCACAUCAGAUGAUACAUGUAUCACGACAUCUCCCAUUCUUCAUCAUGGCUCCAUUAGCACAUGUAGGUUAAAAGCUUAUUCAGCGGUCACUGGGUAAGGAGCACAGGGCUGCUUUAAUGCAGAGUACGAAGCACAUACUUUGCUAGUAUUCUAUUUCAUUGUGGUUAGCAUUCCAACUAAAACGUGACUCCUUUCCUCAUUAUUAGAUUAAACCGGAGAGGAUGUAAAACCCAAGCAAACUUUACACCAGUCCAUUGCAAGAUUCUACCAAAUAAGAAAAUUAGCUUAAUGUUACUUUUCUGGUCUAGAAAUAAACAAGGGUCAGGGUUGUUUUCACAAGCAUAAUGAACCAUUCACCCAUUUUAGACUAUAAAACGGAGUACAGUCAGUGGGAGAAACGCUGCCCAGAGAUUCUUAUUGACUUUACAGCGUGCUACCAUUAAUUCUGUGCCCCCACCAACCAUAACAUCCAGUGUUUACGUGGUUUUAUUGAUAUCACUUGCCCAAGAUAGGAAUGAUAAAAUUCGAUAUUCCUAUUGCAAUGAGCUCCUUUAUAGUUUCUAUGUAUUUCUCUACUUGGGAAUGUAGUAGAUAUGUCACAUUACCAGACACUUGUCCUGGUGCUCAACCCCGGCACUCAUUUUAUACGGACAAAGAUUCUAACCUAAAGUGGAUGUUUAGCACCUUGAUUCGAGUUUAAAAUGAGGUACUGUCAGAUUUCUACAUAAUGCAAAAAAAAAAAAGACAAUGCCACUUGUUUGCAGGCUCUAGAUAUCCAUUAUAUGUGAAAGCCAUUGUCUGUGCUUAAUACGAAUCUUGUUUGGUGACACUAUUCAGCUGGCAAUGGGACCUCAUUCCAACCAGCUCGUGUGAAUCCCAAUCCUGUGAUGUCAUCUCCUGUCCAACCGCACGGUCUAUCCUCAUUUAGCAGCUUUGCUCCUGCGAUGCUCCUGCAAGCAGCGAGUAGAGCAGAAGUAGAAAUCUAGAUAUUCAAAUGGGACUUUACCUAAAAGGGACUCCCCACACUGCCAGCAACGUCUGUAAAACAAGGAGCAAGACCAAAAAAUAUGAUAUCACGUGUCUUCUGUCUAUAUCAUCGAGAAGCAAGUAAUAGAAGCAUUUAGAAGAAUUGAU